AUGAGUGAUUCGACCUACUCAACUCGCAUUACCUACCUCACUGCUGAUGAUAUUGCGAGACUUCCUGGGUCAAUGCCAUCAGGUUUCCUUCCUCGACGUCCCAAAGAGCGGAAGUACCAAACGAUGAUCUUGAACCUAGCUGAUGCAGUUGAGCCCAGCCCUUUCUUCUUGACAACAGCUGCUUCAUACUUGCGAGAUUGGGUGACUGAAUCAGCGAUUCUUGUUCCUCCUUUGGAUGUUUCGAUUCUCACUACAUCCUCAAGACCAGCGCUUCAAGUUCAACCAGUGGGAAAUACUGUUCAAGUGGCUGCUUUGGAGCCCGGUGUUAGCAAUGUUAGGAUUGAGAGGGGGAACCCUGGUGGACCCCAAGAAUUGGUUGCCAACCCUCGAAUGGAUGUGAUUUGUGGGAUUGCCAAAACUCUUCAAAAAGAAGGGGUUACGUGGACAGAUGCAAUCAAUAAGGGCUAUGAAUUGUGGGACAAAUUGAACCCCAAUGUCAUGGCGGCCUUAAAUCAAAAUUCUCUUCAAGGCAUUGUUGCAGCAGGGGCUGCUGCUGAAAGCACUAGUUCCCCAGAUCCCCCUGUGGUUGAAGACCUGGAGGAUGAUGCAUCAGUGAUGGCAGAGAUCUUCUCAGGCAGUGGCAUCCUUGCCGAGGAGAUGAGCACUUUGGGUUUUGUCACCAUGUCUGUCGACUACAUUACUGGAGGGGCUGCCCAUGAUAUCAGCAACAAAGAGACCGCUAUCAAGAUUGCCAACGAGAUUGUGCAGGAAAAGGUCCACUACGUGCAUUUUGCCCCGCCCUGCCACACGUUUUCCCAGGCGAGGUAUCCUCGACUCAGGAGCAAAUGGCACCCAGAGGGCAUUCCUGGCAUGGAGUGCGAUGUCUUGACUGUUUCCAACAACAUCAUCAAAAACAUGGUGAAGAUGGCCCAGAUCUUUUCUGACAAUCGCAUCCUCGUCUCAAUCGAGAACCCCCGAACAUCGGUCCUGUGGUACUUCCCAGACCUCAUCGACAUGGUUGAGGCCAGUAAGGGCACAGAGAAGUGGAACAUUGUGGAUGUGGACUACUGCAUGUUUGGCGCCGAGUACAAGAAGCGAACUCGCAUCCUUACCCUCCAAUGGUUUGACUACGAGAUCGAAGGUGGCUCUGUGUUGGCUCCCAAGAAGGGCAAAGCUGAUGAGCUAUGUGAUGCUGUGGAACAGCACAAGGAUGUGAUAGCUACCAUGCCGUUUUGGGAUGCGUUGGUGAGCCAUAUGAACUCCAUGUUUUCCAACUUCGGUUCAGUGCAUGAGUACUUCAUGCAGACUUAUCCCACUUUUGAUGACCGCACGAAGUUGGCCCACAAGUUGAUGGAGAACUUUCCGGAGUUGGAGCCCCUUUCAACUGCUGACUGGAGUGUUGGGGUGAAAGACAUUGCGCUGUGGCAGUUGUGCUAUCAUGUUGAAGCCGGCAACAAGGGCCUAGUCAUCCAGGAAUCCAUGAAGAACUUGGUGAUGCUAAUUUUGCUACAAGGCCCACGAACCAAUCCCCAGACCCAGGCUGGAACAGAGUACUUGGUGAUCCAACCUCUUAUCCAAUGCUAUUUCUUGGAGCCUUGGCAGAGUGCAACCAUCCAAGAUGAUACCUUUCAAAGCCAAUCCAUCGCUUUCACGAAGGGAUGGACACGUGCUGUUGCAGCGCUGUAUGCAGCUGAGCUUCUCAUUGAGUUCGACCUCAUCAACUACUACAAGAACAACCGGAGUGCGAGCUAUCAGAACUUCUGCAACAUUAAGGGGAUGGUGACUGCAGAGUAUGCCAAUGAGCUAGAUCGCAUCAAUGCGAACCGUGAUCUCACUAUGGGCUCUGUGAUGACAAGGGCAAAGCCAAACUGUUUCAACGCUCUUCAUCAACUUGGCCGGCGUUUGAAGCAUGGGGAAAAACUGAGCUCUCUGGUUGGCAACUUUGACAGUGGGAAGUACCCCAAGAGUGUCUUCGGCAUGGGUCCUUCAGAGUCUGCUGCUGUCAUCAACUUGGUUCAUCACCUUCCUUUGGAAUGUCGGCAAGUCUUGGGCAAUGCAGUGGCUGAGUUUGGCAUUGCAAAAGGCCCCGUGACCCAUGCAGCCAUUGGCUCACCGAACCUUCGAGUUGGAUUCCAGCCUGAGCUGAUCUCUGAUGAUUGGAGCCUCAACAUGCGAAACUCUGAGGACUCAGUGGUCAGGACUUGCAAGAGGCUAGUUUCUGACUUCAAGCAAGCUCCACCUGGCCUCCGGAAGUCUGCAACAGCACCUGAUGUUGCAAGAAUGGCUCGCAUCUGCAGAGCUUUUGAUUUGCUGAUGUCGGAGUUGGCUACCCAGCUUCCAGGUGCUUCCUUUGAUGCUGAGAAGCCUGGUGUGGUUGCCUUGUUCGAGAAGCGGGUCUUUGAUGACUACCUUUACUCUUUGAGCGAGGAGUGCCCUGCCCAGCUGGACUUGUCCAAAGUUUCUGAGCUGUCUGCAAUCCUUUCCAAGCACAAAGCAUCGGUGGAGAAGGCUGCUUUGGCAAAGUCCAAAGCUCUACAUCUCCAAGUUCAAACGGCCACCUUCCAGAAGAUGGCUGCAGAUUUGGAGGAUGACAUCGAAGCCUUGAAGGUUUGGACUGAAACUGAGUCAAGGAGGAAAGCCAGUUGGCAAGGCAUGGUUUUGACCCACAUCCGCAAGAGGUAUGUUCGUGGUUUGGAGCGUGUUCGGGAGUUCUGUGAGGAGUCCAUUCGAGUCCGAAAUAGCCCCCUCAGUGGCGCUGAGAUGGAACUGGCAGCCUUCAGAUCCAACAUGGAAGCUGGAUCUUCUUUGAGAUGCCAAGCUGAUUCGAGGUUCAUGCUGAUGGUGCUCGACAUGAGUGUGCCUCCCAACAUGGCCGACAUUGAUGCCUUGAUCCACUCUUGCUCCAAUAUCCUCCAUCAAUCCGGCCAGAAUGCUCUCCUGGUUCUUCUUCCACAGAAGUACAGUGGGCAGAGUGUCAAGUCCAACUUGGCAGCCACCCACAGGAUUGAGGAUGCUCUUCUUGGAAGUGGACUCAACAUGGAGACUGACAUUGCUGUCCACUUUGCAGUGGACCAAAUGCAUGGAAAUGACAAGAGGCCUUUGGGUGCAAGGUGCCGGCUUUGUGUCAGCGACCAUGUUCCUGAAAGCAACAGCCCUUGGCUGAGCAGUUUGGCUGCACGUGGCAAGCUGUCUGAAGUGCCUCUCAUGCGCAUCAAGGAGAUGAAGCGCCUGACUCCACCGAACCAUGUUGGUGAUGCCAUUGAAGCUUACAACUUGUCACCAGCAGAGCGUUGUCAGCAAAAGGGUGUCAAGGCUGCCUGCAAGAUCAUUGAAAGCUUGGUGGGUGGCACACCAAUUGCUUCGCCUGAUGCCCGACUGGACAUUGUGGAGUUCAACCUUCAGGCUGUUCCCGAUUGGAUCGAGGCUUCUUGGUCUUUGAAGUCCACAUGGGAGACUGACUCUGCAAAGCCUCGCAUUGCUUACUUUGGCAUCAGCAGGGAGCCUUCUGUUCAGAAGGCAUUGACUGGCCACAUGGAAGCCAUUCUGAUGUCUGAGUGGUGGGAGUCACACACAGAUGCUGGGCCCAAGGAGCCAGAGAGCAGCGCCCCGGUCGACAAACCAGUGCUGGCCAUUACCUCAUGGGAUGCUGAUGCCCCAUCCCUGUCUGAUGUUGUGGUUUGCAAAUUUGAUGGUGAUGAGUCGUAUGGUGAGAAAUGGGCUGGGAAAGUGGCCUCAUUCCGGGACUUUGUGAACACCACCGUCACCCCAGUGAUUCGCAGGAAUGCAGGCGAUGCUGAUGGAGCAGGCUGCAAUGCUCCUUCUGGUGAUGGGCCUGACAUGAGUGUGGGCGAUCAACCUGUGGCUGUUGUUGAUGCUGUGUUGCCGGCCACGGCGAAGGCUGAUUUCAAGUCUGCUGAUGUGCUCUUCACUGUCAAGCCAGUGCGACACCUUCCAGCAGUUCACAUCACUAAGAACUAUGACAUCUACCUGUCCCUGGAUGAAUCCAUCCACAAAGCUGCAAGUCUCCAGCUGGAGCCUUUGGAGCUGCUUGGGUUCAAUGUUGGGGAAGUUGUGCCAUCUGAAGGUGGAGACCCGAACCAUGUCAUCUUCUGGCAGUACCACAAUGAUGUGCAAUUGGUGGUGGUGGUGGAUUCGGCUGCCAGCUCGAAGUCCACCAUGACUUUGGCCGAGGCGCGAUUCAAGGCGAUGCAGUCGCAUUCGAUUCCUGACCUUGGAGUUCAAGGCCAUGUGGUGGAGCCCUUGAAAGUCGACAAGGAUGGCAGUGGUACCAUGGUUGAGGCCUUCAUGCGAUGCAAAGUUCAACCCAAUCUGAGAGGUGGGAGUGGUGCUGCUGCCCCAGCAAGUGUUGAGAGCUGCGUCAAGAAGCCUGCGACCAAGAUGCUCAAACGCCCAGCAGCAGCAAUGGCAGGUGGCGAAACCUUUGGCGAAGGUUUGGCUGAGAACCCGGUUGAGAAUGAGAAGGAGAAGGAGGGGCCCCGCUACUGGGCCAAGCCAGUCAAGUCCCGAGAUUCUUCAGCAGUUCGAGGUCCAGACAAAGAUGGAAAGGAACACCAAGUUUGCCAGGUUGCAGUGAAGGGUGCACAGUUUGAAGAGAACCACGACAUCGCUAUGACUUUGGCUCGUAUGAUGAAUGAUGGCAAACCCUUUGCUGACAUGAUGCAUUGCCGUGACAUGAUGCUGAAAGAGUUGAAGGAUAAAGUCCUUUCCAGAAAUUCGAAAUAG